UUCUCCACUCAAGCCUCAUGUUUUCUCCUUUCCAUCUCUCUCUCUCUCUCUCUAGAUCGGAGCAAAACCAAGCUUCGUCUGUCAGCCCUUUAUCUGCUUCAUCCAACAAUGGCUUCAUACCAUAAUUCAUUGAAGUUGGCUCUUCUCCUCUCAUGCUCCCUCAUGAUUGUCCUCGACCUUUUCUGUAUUCCAGUCCAUGCCCUUAACAUCGGCCUUCAAGUUGCAGGUUCCGCUGUCUCUGUGAGUAAAGAAUGCAGCAGGAAAUGCGAGUCACACUUCUGUACAGUUCCUCCAUUUUUAAGAUACGGAAAGUACUGUGGGCUGUUAUACAGUGGAUGCCCUGGGGAGAAGCCUUGUGAUGGACUCGACGCUUGUUGCAUGAUGCAUGAUCAUUGUGUGGUUGCUAAAAACCAGGGCUAUCUAAGCGAAGAGUGCAGCCAAAACCUCCUCAACUGUAUGGCUAAAUUCAAAAACUCAAAGGUCCAUACGUUCAAGGGGAACAAAUGCCACGUUGAUGAGGUGGUUGAUGUUAUUUCUGCUGUCAUGAAAGCUGCAUUACUUGCUGGAAGAUAUCUUCACAAGCCUUGAGAGUGAUUUGAAAUCUCCUUCCUCUGCUUC